AUGCAGUUCUCUCUUCUCUUUCUCUCCCUUGUCGGGGCUGGAAAUGCCAUCCUUCUCCCCAAGCCAAGCGGUCCAUACGGCACUGCCCUUCGCAUCGAGGGCAUGACCGACAAAAGCCGCAUCGACCCCUACGACCCUAAGAAAGGACAUCGACAAGUCCUGGCCUCAAUCUUCUGGCCCGUCGACUCAUCAUCUUGCUCAAACAAGGUCGUCCCAUACAUGCCCCCUGCUACAGCCAAAGCAUACGGACAGCAGGUAGCGCAGUUGGGUCUAUCGAACGAUACCUUUUCCGCUCUCGAGUUUCAGGUCUGCAAGACUCCUAUUUCUCAGAAGGGAUGCGAGACCGAGAAGAAGUCGUUUCCUGUUGCUGUCUUCUCGCCUGGUGCUGGCAACUCGAGGUUGAUUUACAGCCUCAUGGCUCGCUCGCUGGCUAGUUAUGGCAACGUCGUGGUUCUGAUUGACCAUCCCUACGAUCCUCCCGUUGUUGAGUUUCCUGACGGAAAGAUCAUCAAGGGAGGAAACAUCCCCGAUGACCCGAAAUCUAAUCAGCAGUUGGGUUCGGUCAAGGCAAAGGACAUCUCCUUCACCAUCUCAGAGCUUCUACGUCCCUCUUUCCAAAAGAAGGUCUUCAAGGGUCUUCCAGGCUCAAUCGACAACAAGAAGAUCGUCGCCCUCGGUCAUUCCCUCGGCGGUGCCAGCGCAGCUAUAGCAAUGCUAUCAGACAACCGAAUCCGUGGCGGAAUGGACCUGGACGGUCAGAUCUUCGAACCUGCUCUCAGCAAGGGUCUCGACAAGCCAUUCUUUCUCAUCGGCCGCCCUAACCACAGUAAGGAAGACACCACAUGGAAGACGUUCUACGCCAAGCUGCGAGGACCCAAGAAGGAGAUUGCUGUCAAGGACACUGUUCACGGAUCGUUCACUGAUUACCCUCAAGUCCUCAAGGCUCUCGGUCUGCCAGAGGCUCUUAUGAAGGCCAUAGAGCAACAAGUUGGAACUGCAGAGCCUUCAUAUCUUCAGAACUUCCUUUCCAAGACUGUUGUGGAUUACAUGAAGCUUUCUUUUGCUUACAAGGGCAAGAACUAG